CCGCUCAAAUAUUAGGUGAUAACAUUUCAGACGGCGGUGGUAUUAUAGCGAUCAACAGUAAAUAAAAAAAAAGAUAGAUAAGUAAUUUUGCACUGUGUAUAUAAAAAUCAGUGCGAGUCGUGCCGUCCGUCCGGAUGAGGCAUUUAGAAUGACUUCCGUUGUAGUUUUUAUUCUUUUUUUUUUAUACCUAAGUAUAGAAAUCCAGGGUCACGUCCAGCUUUUGGACUCAGACAGCUGGCGUUUAAGCAAUAGCAAUGGUAGUAUUACAGGAAUAGUACGGGUGCCCGGCGGCAUUUACACUGACUUGCGAAUCAACGGCGUGCUCACCGAAGAUCCUUUGUAUCGGUAUAACGACUUAAAAUAUCGGUGGGUGUCUGUCAACGAUUGGAAUUAUUCAACGACAUUUAACGUAAAAUUGAGUUGUUCAAAGAAUGUAACGAAAUAUAUAUUAGUUUUCGAUGGAAUAGAUACGUACGGAAAUGUUUACUUAAACAAAAAGUUCAUUGGAUCAACAAAUAACAUGUUUGUCAAGUAUGAUUUUCCAAUAAAUGAAUAUUUGGAGUCUGGAGAAAAUGUGUUAGAUGUUAUAAUAAAAUCUCCUGUCGGUAUUGCUAAUAAAUAUUUCAACGAAUCGGAAUAUCCAAUACCACCGUUAUGUGUUCCUAAAGAAUACCACGGAGAAUGCCAUGUCAAUUAUUUAAGAAAAAUGCAAUCUUCAUUUGGAUGGGAUUGGGGCCCAGCAUUCCCAUCAAUGGGAAUAUGGAAAAGUGUUAAGUUAAUAAUGCUACGUGAAACUAUAUUAGAAGACAUCAAAAUAGAUGUAGCAACUGUUAAUUCAUCUCAUUGGUUAUUAAAAUCAGAUACUUAUAUGAAAUGUUACCAAGAAGUUGUUAAAGGUUCAAUCAGGUUGUCACUAAAUGUAGAUAACAAUACGAAGUUUAUAAAUGAACGGGAUUGUUGCAACGAAAUUUGCACUAAUGACGAAAUUCAUAUUGUUGUUGAAUUAUACGUGCCCAAGACAAAAAUUAAAUUGUGGUGGCCAAAUGGUUACGGAGAACAGAAGCUUUAUAAUUUGAAAGUAGAAUUUAUUAGUAGAAUAAGUACCCAAACAAAAACUAUUAAAAUAGGAUUUAGAACAGCUGAACUCAUUCAAGAACUUGUUGACAAAAAUAAUGUCGAAAAAGGACUUUCGUUUUAUUUUAAGAUUAAUGAUGUGCCAAUUUUCGCUAAAGGCACUAAUUAUAUUCCGUCAAGUGUUUUUCCAGAGCAAAUGAAUAAUAUGGAAACUAUUGAAAAUCUUUUGAGUUCAGCUAGAAAUACUCAUAUGAAUAUGAUUCGGGUUUGGGGUGGUGGUGUAUAUGAGUCUGACGAAUUUUAUAAGAUUUGUGACAAAUAUGGAAUAAUGAUUUGGCAAGAUAUUAUGUUUGCUUGUGGCAUGUAUCCAGCUCAUAAAAGUUUUUUAAAUUUGGUGAAAGUGGAAGUAAAACAACAAAUCAGAAGGCUACAAUAUCAUCCAAGUAUAGUUUUAUGGGCUGGCAAUAAUGAAAAUGAAGCAGCCCUUAGAGGAAAUUGGUACGGGACAGAAAAAAACUAUUCCACAUUUGCUAGAGAUUACGUAAAAUUAUAUGCUGAAACAAUUAGAGAGGUAGUUAUAAACGAGGAUAAGACAAGGAAUUACGUAUUAUCAAGUCCUUCCAAUGGGUUGGAUUCCGAAAAAGAAAAUUACAUUGCUAAGAAUCCCUACAGCGCUCUAUACGGAGAUGUGCAUUAUUACAAUUAUGUAGUUAAUAGUUGGAAGUCUACAUUUUACCCGUGGACUAGGUUUGCAUCUGAAUAUGGAUAUCAAUCAUUACCAUCGUAUCAAACAUUGAAAAAAGCAUUAAAUGAAAAAGAUUUAAGUAAAUUACUGUCACCUGCUCUCAUUCAUAGACAACAUUUACCAGUAGGAUAUAUAUUAAUGUUAUUACAAAUAAAAAUGAAUGUACCAGUUCCUAAAAGACCCUCUAUAUCAGAUUAUAUAUUUUUGAGUCAAGUAGUUCAAGCCAAAGCAAUAAAAACACAGACAGAAUGGUAUAGAAAAAACCGUAAUACUUUAUUGAAAGAUGGCAAGGGUUUAACAAUGGGAGCAUUAUAUUGGCAAUUAAACGAUGUGUGGCAAGCACCCACGUGGUCUUCCAUAGAUUAUGAUGGAUGUUGGAAAAUGUUACAUUAUAGUGCCAUGGAAUUUUUUGCUCCAGUAAUAGUAGUUCCAGAGUUAAGCAUGAAAAAUCUAACAAUUCACAUUGUGUCUGAUCUUUUGACCAAUUUGAAAGUUCAAAUAAAAAUAGAAAUUUAUCAAUGGAGUAGUAUUAAGCCCCUUAAUACAUAUUUAUCCAAAAACAUUAAUUUGGAAAAAAACAGUGCAAGUUACAUUGUAAAUGAAAAUUUUGUAGAAUGGAUUAUUAACAAAACAUUAAAAUGUGGGUCAAAUAGUGAUGAAAUAAGUAAAAAUUGUUUUUUACACACCAUGUUAUACUUUACAAAUGGCACUGAAUUAUCUCCUUCAAAUUAUUUGUUUCCUAAUUCAUUCAUUAAUAUAUCUGGAUACCAAACACCAAUUAUAUCAAUUUCCAAAAUUGAACAAAGAAACAACUAUGAAGUAAUGGUAGAAUUACAAUCUACAGGAUUAGGUCUAUUUGUGUGGUUAAAUGUUAUUAAUACAGAAGGAUACUUUAAUGAAAAUGGUUUUAUUAUGAUAAAUAUGACAAAAUCAUUAAUUUUUAAAUCAAAAAACAAUAUUUCAAUGAAUUCUUUUAGUGUAGAAAUUAAUCAUCUUGGAAUAUACUUUAAAACUUAAUAUAUAAAAUAACAAAAUAUAUGUAACUUAAAUUAUUAA